UUUUUUUGUUAAUAGCGUGAUAUUUUUAAAAAUAAUAGACAAAAAAAUGAAUUUUGCAACUUUUUAAAUAGUGUAAGAAGAUUUUUGUUUCACUUAUAAACAUAUUAAAACUACUUUAGCAUUUCAAAAUAUUUUAAAAAAAUAAAUUUCAAGUUUGAAAAAUCCAUUUUGCUUUUUUUCAAGUGAAAAUGUUUUCUACUUAGGAUACUUGUAACUUAUAAUUCAAAUAAAAUUAAAUUAUAUUUAGGACCUUUGAUGUGCAGUCCACAACCUAUCUUAAAUACGAAAUGCUUUGUGUAUCGAACUGUCAAAUAAAAUUCAAGGUAUAAAUGAUUUUUCAUUGACGGGUGGGUGGGGUUGGAAUUCAACUUCCCAAUAUUGUUAAAACAAUCAGGAAAAAUGGUUGCCCGUAAGGUGUUUGUUUAAAUGUCUGAAUGAAUUCUUUACCUUUGUGGAGGAUAUGUCACUGUAUUCAAAAUGGUUGCAUGUAAGGUGUUUGUUUAAGUGUCUAAGUGAAUUCUUUAAGCUUUGUGAAUGAUAUUUCAAUGUCAUGUUGAUUCAAGAUGUGUGGCAUUGCACUUUCUAAUUGAAAAUGUUUAUCAUUGAGAUGUAACUUCAGGUGGUAAUGAUCGCCCCGGGGUGACGCGGAACAUAAACAUGAUAGAUUUUUGAUCAUCUCACAGACUCACACACCUCUCUAUGUUUAAGGAUCGGGUAGUAUACAUGUUUUGGAGUUGAUAGGAGGGCUUAUCAUGUCGCACAAUAUAAUACAUGAUCAACUCAAUAAAGUAAAUAUUUUUCUGACUUUAUAACAUUUUGUAGUGAAUCAGAAAUCAAUUACACCUUAGCCUGCAUAUUAAUAUGGAGCUUCCUCAAUAUUAUCAUCAAAUAGUAGUUUCAUAUAUUGAUUGCACAUGUUAAUAGAUGGUAUGGUAGUAUCAACAAUAUUCUGUAAUAUUUGUAGGUUUUUUUGUUCUGCUGAUUCACGUGAUGAUAAAACUUAAUUCAUUUCAUGGAUAAAUAGCCUGUCAUUUUUUCGAUUCAGGGGACUACUUAAUAAUUUGUAUCUUUAAACGAGUUCUACUUUUGUAGGUCUAAUGCAUCAGAUUCUUUGAAGAGAUUGAAAGGAAAGAGGCUGAUGCUGGUUGGAGGCUCAGUGAACCGAAACCAGUUUGAAUCUCUCCUGUUACAUAAUAUAACCCAAAUCACCCUUGGGGAGAAAAAUUAGAACAGUCGUAUAUCUGAACCUGGAUUCUCAUUUAACAACAAUUUUCCAGAGUUUCAAAUGAGAUUACAAAUAUUUGGACAACUUCUUUGAGUUCCACAAGAGAUUUAUAGCUAUCUGAUAAGAAGAUGCAGCAAGGUACAACUUUUGUAAUGAAUGAGAGGCAAAGGUUGGCCGAACUACUGAGAAAUUGUUCUAAGAUUUUGUCUUUAGAUGUGGGAAAGCAAGUUCAUGGAGCUGUAUUAAGGAUGGGUUAUGCAUUUGAUUUGAUGAUAGGCAAUGAUCUCAUUGAUAUGUACGGGAAGUGCAGUAGAGUGGAACUGGCUCGCUCAGUAUUUCAUAAAAUGCCUGAAAGAAAUGUGGUUUCUUGGACGGCUUUAAUGUGUGGAUAUUUACAUCACUCUAAUGCUCAAGAAUCCUUGUUGCUUCUCUCUCGGAUGCUCUUUUCAAAUGUAAGACCCAAUGAAUACACUUUUUCUACUAACUUAAAGGCAUGUGGUAUUCUUGGUGUUCUGGAAAAUGGACAACAGAUUCAUGGGUUGUGUGCUAAAAGUGGGUUUGAAAAGCAUCCAGUUGCGGGCAAUUCAAUUAUUGAUAUGUACUCGAGAUGUGGGAAACUUGGUGAGGCUGAAAAGAAGUUCCAUGAAAUGCCAGAAAAGAGUCUCAUAACGUGGAAUGUAAUGAUAGCAGGGUACGCAAUGGGAGGAUUUGGUGAUAAAUCUUUGUGUCUGUUCAAAAAAAUGCAACAACAAGGAGAAAUGCCAGACGAGUUUACGUUUGCAAGCACAUUGAAGGCUUGCAGUGGUUUUAAGGCGGUCCGUGAAGGAAGCCAAAUUCAUGGUUUUCUUAUUACUAAGGGAUUCCUUAUUUCCAGCCAAAAAGUUAUUGCAGGCGCCCUAAUUGAUUUGUAUGUCAAGUCAGAAAAAUUGUUUGAAGCUCAUAAGGUGUUUAGUCAAGUUGAACAGAAAAGUGUGAUAUCAUGGACGACACUGACCGUAGGGUAUGCUCAAGAAGGCAAAUUAACAGAGGCAAUGGACUUGUUCAAGCAGCUCAGGGAAAGUAGCAUCACAUUGGAUGGAUUUGUGCUGUCAAGCAUGAUGGGUAUCUUUGCUGAUUUUACUCUAAUUGAGCUUGGGAAACAGUUACAUUGUUGUGCAGUAAAAAUACCUUCUGGGUUAGACAUAUCUGUAUUGAAUUCAAUCAUGGAUAUGUAUCUAAAAUGUGGGUUAAUAGAGGAAGCCGAAACACUUUUUGAUGUUAUGCCAGAAAAAAAUGUGAUUUCAUGGACCGUUAUGAUCACCGGGUAUGGGAAGUAUGGUCUCGGUGGAGAAGCAGUUGAACUAUUCAAGAAAAUGCACAUGGAUAGGAUUGAGCCUGAUGAGGUUUCCUACUUAGCUCUGCUCACAGCUUGUAGUCAUUCGGGGUUAGUUCAAGAAAGUGAAGAAUUCUUUUCAAAACUAUGCAAUUCAAAUUGUUUAAAACCCUCAGUCGAGCAUUAUGCUUGCAUGGUUGAUAUCUUAGGUCGAGCUGGACGCCUAAGAGAAGCUAAGGUUGUGAUAGAGAACAUGCCGGUAAAACCAAAUGUUGGUAUUUGGCAGACACUGCUUGGUGCAUGUAGAGUACACAAGAAUGUAGAAAUAGGAAGAGAAGUUGGAGAGAUUCUCUUAAAAUUAGAUGGCAAUAAUCCGGUGAAUUAUGUUAUGAUGUCAAACAUCUUUGCUGAUGCCCGCCUAUGGGAAGAAUGUGAGGUAUUAAGAGGACUGGUGAAAACGAAAGGUUUAAGAAAAGAAGCAGGACAAAGUUGGGUGGAGAUCGACAAGAAGAUGCACUUUUUCUACAACAGAGAUGAGACACACCCACUUACUAAAGCUAUCCAUGAAUUUUUAUAUAAGAUGGAGAAGAAAAUGAAAUAUGAACUCGGUUACACACGGGAAGUAAGCUUUUCAUUACACGAUGUUGAAGAUGAAACACGGGAUGAGAGCCUGAGAUUUCACAGCGAGAAAUUGGCAAUUGGUUUGGCACUUCUUUCUGGUAGCGAUGAAAUUGAGGGGAAGCCAAUUCGUGUUUUCAAGAAUUUGAGAGUUUGUGGAGAUUGUCAUGAGUACAUCAAGGGUUUGUCAAAGAUUUUGAAGAAAAUAUUUCUUGUUAGAGAUGCCAAUAGGUUCCAUAAGUUUGAGAACGGAACAUGUUCCUGCAGAGACUAUUGGUGAUGGUAUAUUUUAAGUGACACAACUAAGGAGAUAAAGAAUUUGUGAAGGGCUUUCCGAAGCCUAUCUAAGAAGGAAAUGCUGCCAGAGCUCGAAGAGGAAACGAGCAACAUUGCUCAUUCAGCCUUCUCCACAUUCCAUAUUCAUUCUAAUAAGGAAAAAUGGUAUUCUACAACUCUGUCAAACGAGGUUUAAGUUUACUUGUAUUUACACAGAGGCAGAGAUCGGGAUUCAGGUGGAAGUUGUAGUAAAGAGAGUAAACCUGUUUUGAGAGGAGCUAUCCUUUGAAAAUGAAGAUUGUGGAGGAGGUGUUACGGAAAGGCAGCUGCGAGUAGUCUUUUUAAAUGUAACACAGUCAAUAAAUUUCCGAAAGGAUGACCACCCAUCAGUGUAUGAGAAGAUCGGUAGAAGGGCAAAGCAAGAUUGUGGCCAUUGGUGUCUACCCGGAGUCCCCGAUGAAUGGAAUGAGCUAAUCUGUGCCACCUUUUGUUUGUUUUCUUUUAACUUCUCCCUAGGAGCUUCCAUCUGUUUUCUUCUGGUGACUCGAACUCACAACCUUAUGAUUUGAAGUGAGCUGUGACACAAAACUCAGUGUUCAAUACAACAACUACAUCAAAUCCCAAGCUAGUUGGGAAACAGUGUUCAAUAUGUGUACCAAAUGUAAGUGUCCAUUUCAGUUUCUGCACCAAAAAUAGGCAGUAAUUUUCCAAGAUCCAUUGAUUACAUGAUGUAAUUGUUCAUACUCAUAUUGACUCAAUUUGGACACCAUAUAGUUUGGAAACUCAAUGUAUUUUAUCUUUUUGACUAGGAAUAAAAUGCAUCCAUUCAUGGCCAA